CAAAACCGAACCGAACUAGUUAUCAGGAAUACUAUUGAAAGUGGCCGAAUAGAUAAUCAGGUCGGUUUUCGGUUAAUGAGUUUCUACCAAAUUGAACGAAUUUUUUUGGGUUUUCUUGGUUAAAAUCGGAAAAACCGGUUAAAUGGGGUAAAGUCUGUUUGGAUUUAUAUGUAUUUUGGUUUAAUUUUGGUAUAUCAUUGUUUAUGAACCGACCUUAAACCAAAUAUGAUUCAAAAACAUGCUGAAUUGAACCGAUUGCUAAACCAAUCUUCAAACCAAAACCAAAAAACCGGUUCGGUUCGGACCAAUCGAUCGGUUUGAACAAAAACCGCAGGCCUAGUUGCUACCUUCUGUUGUCUCCACAAGUAUAGCCCCAAAUCAAGCCCAUCUGUUAUUUACUCAGGCCCAUUCUAUCUUCUGAGAGAUGGGGGGAAGCUUCUACGAUUUGGCCGGGAAACGACAACGGAGCGAGACAGAAAUUAUCGGAGAUUCCAAUUCUUCCACACAACAAUCAUAAAGCGUCUCUGUGUUAGUUUCGACAAACAUGCAUUUAUUUACCAAUUUGUGCUCAAAAACAGAAAACAGAAAAAAAAUUGUUACUUAAAAAGGAAAAUUUCUAGGGUUUGUUUGUUUGUUUCUUUCUUCUCUUGAAGUGAGCUUCUUGAACAAUGGCGACAUUUUAUCCGCAAUUCUUCCACACACUUGUUCCUAGCUUCCUCACGCACUUCAUGAUUCCUGAAGACUUCUUCUUAAAGUAUAUUGAAGGAACAAGUUUCGCGGAGCUGAAAUCGGACGUUUCGGACAGAACCUGGAAAGUGAAGAUGUCUGAUCGGAGAAUCACUGACGGCUGGGAAGAUUUUGUGGUGGCUAAUGAUUUUCGUAUCGGCGAUGUUGUCGUUUUUAGAUAUGUUGGAGAUUUGGUGUUCCAUGUUUCUAAUUUAGGACCUAAUUACUCUGAGAUUCAAGACAAUGAGGGUAAACAUUUGUUGAGAAAGCGUUUGCAUCAAGUAGACUUUUCAUCAAACAAUGGAGAUGUUUGUGAUAAUGAAGAGGUUCCCAGAGAGAAGAAAGCGAAGACGAACAGUGGAGAAGCAGAAGCAGUUUCUUCUUCUUCAUCAGCAGACAACUCUUGUUUUGUGGCCCUUAUCACAGCUUUGAAUCUAACGAUAGAUACACUGUAUCUUCCACUACAUUUCACAAGCUCAAAUGGUCUUACAAGAAAAAACAGCGAGAUUGUUUUAACAGAUGGAGGGGAAAGAUCAUGGGUAUUGGAUCUGAGGUUCGAUGAAUCGUCUCAUACUUUUUAUAUAAGCCGAGGUUGGAGAAAUUUCUGUGAUGAAAACGGACAAAAAGCAGGAGAUUUCUUUAUGUUUAAACUAGUGGGAAACGGGGAAAAGCUUGUGCUCAGUUUCCGUCCUACAGAAUCUAUCAAUGAUGGAAGGCAAAUAUACUGUUCAGAAGCUAGCAGGAAAGAAUCUGUUGCCACAAAACUUAACAGUGAGGAAGAGAACAUUGCAAGGGAGGACAGUAAAGACGAAUGCAGCUCGUUGGACUCAUUGAUGGAUAUAGAAAAAAAGAAGUAUAGUGCAAAACGAAGAGGUUCACCAUAUUCAUCAUAUUCGCCAAGUCAUAAACAAUUCGUAACAUUUACACUUCCACCGGAUUAUGCUAGAAUUGGAAGAUUGAGUCUUUCAGCGCCGUUCGUUAGGGAGAAUGGCAUCAACAAGCCUGGGGAGAUAUGUCUUUUGGAUAAACAUGGUAGAAAGUGGUUGACAAAUCUUCUACUGGACAGUAAAGGGACAAUGUCUUUGGGAAAGGGUUGGAAAGAUUUUGUUAAAGCAAACAGCUUAGAGACAGGCUUCACCCUCAAGUUGAAAUGGGAGGAAACAACUCCUGUACUUAGUUUGUGCUAUGCAGAAUCUAACAGUGACAGAGAGCAAGAAGAAUUUUCAAAAGCUAUCGAGAAACGGUCUCUUUUCAUGGAUACUAAAGUAGACUUUUCAUCAAACAAUGGUGAUGUUGAUCAUGAUGAUGAGGAUGACAUAGAGCAUCCAAGAGAGAAGAAAGCAAAGAUGAACAGUUUAGAAGAAGAAGCAGGUUCUUCUUUAUCAGACAAAUCAUGUUUUGUGGCUCUUGUCACUGCUUCGAAUCUACGCACAGAUACACUGUAUCUUCCACCACAUUUUACAAGCUCAAAUGGUCUUACAAGAAAAUGCCACAAGAUUGUUUUAAGAGAUGGAGGGGAAAGAUCUUGGGAAUUGGAUCUAAAGUUCAACGAAUCAUCUGAUACUUUUUAUAUAAGCCAAGGUUGGAGAAAUUUCUGUGAUGAAAACGGACAAAAAGCAGGAGGUUUCUUUAUGUUUAAACUAGUGGGAAACGGGGAAACGCUGGUGCUCAGUUUCCGUCCUACAAAAUCGAUCAAUGAUGGAAGGCAAAGAUACUGUUCAGAAGCUAGCAGGAGAGAAUCUGUUGCCACAAAACUUAGCAGUGAGGAAGAGAACAUAACAUGGGAGGGCAGUAAAGACGAGUGCAGCACAUUAGAGUCAUUGAUGGAGAAAGAAAAAAAGAAGUAUAGUCUGAAACCAAGAGGUUCACCUCAUUCAUCAUAUUCGCCAUGUCAUAAGCGAUUUGUAACAUUUACACUUCCACCGGAUUAUGCUAGGAUUGGAAGAUUGAGUCUUCCGGCACCGUUCGUUAGGGAGAAUGGCAUUAACAAGCCUGGUGAGAUAUUUCUUUUGGAUAAAUAUGGUAGAAGGUGGUUGACAAAUCUUCUACUGGACAGUAAAGGAACAAUGUUUUUGGGAAAGGGUUGGAAAGAUUUUGUUAAAGCUAACAGCUUAGAGACGGUCUUCAUGCUCAAGUUGAUAUGGGAAGAAACAACUCCUGUGCUUAGUUUGUGCUGUGUAGCAUCGAACAGUGACACAGAGCAAGAAGAUUUUUCAAAAGCUAUCGAGAAACAAUCUCAUUUCAUAGAUACUAGCAACAGAGACAAGAUUAACAACAAUGAGAAUAACAAAGAUGAGAGCAGGUCAUGGGAGAGAAAGAAAAAUCAUCCGAAAUGGAGAGAUUCAACUCCAUCAACCCAAAAACAAUAUGUGACACUGACAAUUACACCUUUCAGUGUCAAAAAGAAUAUAUUGCGUCUUUCAAAAAUAUUCACGAGGGAGAAUGACAUCAACAAGCCUGGGAAGAUUACUCUGUUGGGAAAAGACGGUAUAAAGCAGCAGACGAAUUUGUUAUUUGACAAAACAAAUGGAUCCAUGUCUUUGGGAAGCGGCUGGAAAGAUUUUGUUAAAGACAAUGGCUUAAAGACAGGUGACUCCUUCACGCUAAAGUUGAUUUGGGAAGACCAAACUCCUGUGCUCAGCUUGUGUCCUGCAGAAUGUAGCAUUGACAGAGAAGCAGGAGGAACAAACCAGAAAAAGUCUCUUCCCAUAGAACCUAGCAUCUGUACAAAAGUCAGCAAAGACGUGAACAUCAAAGAGAAAAACAACAAAGAGGAGAGCAGAUCAGUGGAUAGAGAAAGAAAUCAUCUGAGAGAGACAGAUGUAACUCCAUCAAGCCAAAAACACGUUGUGACAUUAACAAUUACACCUUCCUCUGUCAAAAGAGAUAGACUUAUUCUUUCAGCACAAUUUGCAAGGGAGAACAAUAUUAACAAGCCUGGAACGAUAUAUCUGUUGGAUAGAGAUGGUACAAAGUCGCUGAUAAACCUUCAACAAGAUAAGAGAGGAACAAUGAGUUUGGGAAAAGGUUGGAAAGAAUUUGCUGAAGCAAAUGACAUUAAGUUAGGUGAAUCCUUUAUGAUGAAGUUAGUAUGGGAAGGCACAAUUCCUAUGCUCAGUUUGUUACGUACUGAGUUUAGCAGUUCAAAAGCUAACAAGAAAGAGUCAAUUUCUUCAGAACCUAAAAGCAGAGAUUCAUCCCCAAUAAUCAAAAACCGAUUCGUGACACCAGCACUCACACCUGAAGAUGUUAAAUCCUGUAAACUGAUUCCUCCUACUCAAUUCAUGAAGGAAAACAACAAAGAGGAGAGCAUGUCAGUGGUUAGAAAGAGGAAUCGUCUGAGAGGGAAAGAUUUAACUCCAUCGAGCCAAAAACAAUUUGUAACAUUUACAAUUACACCUUCAUGUGUCGGAAAAAAUAGGCUGAUCCUUACAGCGCAAUUUGCAAGGGAGAACAAUAUUAACAAGCCUGGAACUUUAUAUCUGUUGGAUAGAGAUGGUACAAAGUGGCUGACAACGGUUAAACGUGACAACAAGGGAACAAUGAGUUUGGGAAAUGGUUGGAAAGAGUUCGCUGAAACAAAUGACUUAAAGCUAGGCGAUUCCUUUAGGAUGGAGUUGAUAUGGGAAGACACAACUCCAAUACUCAGUUUGUUACGUACAAAGUUUAGCAGUUCAAAAUCUAACAAGGAAGAGUCCAUUUCCUCAGAACCUAAAAGUAGAGAUUCAUCCCAAACAAUCGAAAACCGAUUCGUGACAUUAGCACUUACACCUGAAGAUGUCAAAGCCUGUAAACUGAUUCUUCCAAGUCAAUUCAUGAAGGCUAAUGGCAUCAGUAACAAACUUGGGAAGAUAACGCUUUUGGGUGAAAACAAAGUCGAAUGGCCGGGAUAUCUGUUGUCGAGAGAUGGAACUGUCGCUUUGGGAAAUGGUUGGGAAGGCUUUUGUGAGGCUAAUGGCGUGAAGUUAGGACAUUCUUUUACUUUGGAGUUUGUUAAUGAACAAGAUACAACACCGGUACUUAAGUUCUCUUCUCCGGAGACUAUAUACAAACAUGUUAAUUAGGAAUAGAUGACAUGUAAAAAUUAGGCCUAGGCGUAUAAGUAUAGUUGGCUUAUGUAAAAAAGAAUAGAAUUGUGAGAAACGUUUAGAUUUGUCCAUUAGUUCCUUAAAUUCUUAGGCUAUAUAUAUCAUCUGUUGUUGUUUCCAUGAAAUGUGUCCGAAUUUGGUUUUUGGUUCCAAUUUGACACCAAUAUUUUAUCUU